AUGUGGAAAGAAGAACAGACUAAGGACUACAGUCACAUAUGUGGGCGGAGUGCAAUAGACAACCAGCCUUGGGAUUACUUGGGCCAUUUCAGUCGAAUUGUUGGAGGAAGCCCAGUUGAAAAAGGAGCAUAUCCAUGGCAGGUUUCUCUGAAACGAAGAGAAAAGCAUUUCUGUGGAGGAACUAUCAUCUCUGCCCAAUGGGUGAUCACAGCCGCUCACUGUGUCAUGCAUAAGGAUAUGAAAACUUUUCUGAAUGUUACUGCAGGAGAACAUGAUAUGAAUUUGGUAGAACAAGGAGAGCAGACUCUUUCUGUGGAUACCAUCAUCAGACACCCAUAUUUCACACUCAGAAAACCAAUGAAUUACGACAUAGCCCUUUUGAAGAUGAAUGGCACAUUCAAGUUUGGCCAAUUUGUCGGGCCAGUAUGCCUUCCCAAACAGGGGGAAACUUUUGAACCAGGAUUCAUCUGCACCACUGCAGGCUGGGGUCGUCUGGAAGAGAGUGGUCGCCUCCCUCAGGUCUUGCAUCAAGUGGACUUGCCCAUUCUGACCAAAAGGAAGUGUGCAGCAAUGCUGUUAACUUUAAAGAGGCCUGUCAAGGGCAAUACACUUCUCUGUGCUGGCUUCCCAGAUGGGGGAAAGGAUGCAUGCCAGGGUGACUCAGGGGGCUCCCUGAUGUGCAGGAAUAAGCAUGGGGCCUGGACUCUAGCUGGUGUGACUUCCUGGGGGAUGGGAUGUGCUCGCAGCUGGAGGCACAACUGUCAGAAAAUUGCCAGUUACAGAGGAACUCCAGGGGUCUUUACAGACCUGACCAAGGUGCUUCCCUGGAUUCACAACACUAUUGAAAUGGGGCAGAGGAUGAAAAGCUCUGUGGCCCUGUGCAGUGACCAAGAUGGCCAGCUCUCAGGGCCUGAGGGACAGCUCCACUUCCCAAGACAUCCCCACCAGUUUUAUGGAAGUGAUGAGUUGUGUGUCUGGACGGUGCAUGUCACAGGGCAGAUGCACAUCUGGCUCAAUUUUUCCCACUUGGAUGUGGAAUUUGAGGAGUUUUGUCGCCAGGAUUCCCUGUCUGUAUAUUCAUUAGAAGACAGGCUCAUUGGGAAGUUUUGUGGUGUGGUUGUCCCUUCACCAAUCUUCAUUAGCUCCAGCUCAGUAAGGCUGAAGUUUGUCUCCGAUGCUACAGAGUAUGGCACUGGAUUUGCACUCACCUACAAAGCUCUUAAACCAAAUCAUUCUCCUGAUUCUGGUUGUGUUGCCUUAACUGUCCUUUUUGAAGAAGGGAAAAUACAAAGUUUGCACUAUCCAGAUGUCUAUACGAAUCUGGUCAGUUGUCGCUGGAUCAUUCAUGCUCCAGAAGACCACAUUAUUAAGCUUGAAUUUCAGAACUUUGAGGUAGAAGAAAGUGAUGGCUGCCUCUCAGACUCAGUUACAGUAUAUGAUGACGUGGAAGGGAAGGAGGAAACAGCUCGGUACUGUGGCUUUGCUGUGCCCUCACCCGUGAUGAGCUCCUCUAGUGUCAUGCUAAUCAGCUUCCAGGCAGAUGAAAGUCGGGUCUUCCGGGGAUUUCAGGCUGCCUUUUCCUUCAUCUCAGAAACAGAUAUAAAUAUCUCAGGCACAGACGAUGAAUCGGAACUUCCUUCAGCUGGCCAUGGCACAGUUACAGACGUGGGGUCUGUAGAUGGGCACUGUGGAUUGGCUUCCAAGCCUCCCAGGUUUCUCUUCAGCCGGAUUGUGGGAGGACAACCAGCAGCAGCCAGGUCUUGGCCCUGGCAGGUCAGCCUGCAGAUUGCUGCAGAACAUCUCUGUGGGGGAACAGUGAUUGGGAAGAACUGGAAAAGAUCAAUAAAGCACAUUUUGAUUCAUCCAGCCUUUGACAGAACCACAAUGGACUAUGACAUUGCUCUGUUGCAAGUAGCUGAACCAUUUCAGUUCAAUCACUAUGUUCGUCCAGUAUGUCUUCCUGAGAAAGGUCAAGAGAUACCAUCUUCUAGCAUGUGUGUGGUAACAGGAUGGGGAAUUGAUAAUCCAGAUGGAGAAAAAUCCAACAAACUGCAGCAACUUGAAGUUCCCGUCCUUGAUUCUGAUGUGUGUCAGGAGUAUUAUCGAAAUCUUUCUGCGGGGGUAUCUCAAAGGAUGUUCUGUGCUGGGUUCCCUUCUAAAGGAGAUAAGGAUUCUUGUUCAGGCGACUCAGGUGGUCCCUUAGUUUGCUCCCUUGAAGAUUCAAGUUUUUAUGUCCUUUUUGGGAUAACCAGUUGGGGCUUUGGCUGUGGAAGGAUUAACUAUCCAGGUGUCUACACCAGCGUCACUGUCUUCACUGACUGGAUCAAACAGCAUCUUAAUGGUACUGGUAUGUAUGAAGAGGAAACCUCUCCUAUUCCCUAG